AUCAUGCUGUAUGCAUAAAAUGCAGGAGGCGUGAGUGGAUACAGUCACAAAGCAGGUCACAAGCAGUGUUUGGAAUCCGAACGCAAACAGCGUUGCAAGCCUCUUGCAAGUCUCUUUACAAUAGAUCCUGAGAUGCAUAGAUAGUACCAAAUGCGCCCGCGCUCUGCCAUUAUUGGGCUGCUGGUUUCCGUUGUCGCGGUGCACGGACUCGGCGACGGUCCUGGGCCGUCAGACGUGCCAUAUGUGGAGGCAGUUAUUGGCAAGAGAACACCAGAGCCGGCAUUGUGGAGCGCGUUCCUAAGGGACAACUUGGAGCCGGACUUGGCAGUAUGGCGGACGCGGGCCCCCCUAAGGACCGCAGCGGUGUUGGAACAGUUCGACGCCUACAAGGAGUGGUACAAGGGCCCUGCCGCCUUACAGUUAUUGCUAGUCUACAACAACACGCUUUACUGGUUAGACCGGCCCGACCCCAAUGGUCCGGAGCCUGACCAACGCUGGGCGUCGAUGUAUAUUACCAAGUUUCACCGCAAGAUGACCGCGGCGCUUCAGUCGGGCCGCGUACAGCUGCCCAACUGCCUACUCAUAUACAUCACCGACGACAACAUUUUCCGCUUUGGCGACCCGCGCCGCAACCAGACCGCACCGCACUUCGCACUAAUGAAGUCAAUAGGGCACCCCGGGGCUGAGGACCUGGACAUACUGCUACCUCAGAUGCGCGACGUGUCUGACUCGCUGCACAUGGUGCCUUGGCACCUCAAGAAGGACCUAGCCUUCUUCCGCGGCGUGCCCACCUGCACGGGCAAGUGGGUAGAGCGGUACGGCUACCUGGACACGUGCCCGCGCGCCGUGCUGUCGUACUACACCGACCGGGACAACAAGGCGGGCAACGGCACGGUGCUGGAUGUGGCCAUCACGGAGCCGUACCAGUACCGCAGCAAGGCAAACUCGUCCAUUGCCUACGAGCCGCCGGUAAAAACGGGGGUGCCCAUACCCCAGUGGUCCAGGUACAAGUGGUUGUUGAACCUGGAGGGCCUUGUGGCGGCCUACCGCCUCAGCCAGCUGAUGACGGUCAACUCACUGGUGCUGUUUCAGCGGGUGCCGUACAUGGAGUACUUUUACAGGUCCAUCCACCCCUGGCAGCACUACGUGCCCUUCUGGAACGCCACGGGGCCAGACGGUGCGCCCCGGGGCAUGGACGACGUGUACGACGUGAUCCGGGAGCUGCGGCGCCUGGACGCGGAGGAGCCCGCCAAGAUCCAACAGAUCAUUGCCAAUGCGCAGACCUUCGUGACCCGUUUCCUGACCAACCACAUGCGCAUCGCCUACUACCGCGCCGCCCUCGAGCAGUACAAGGCGCUGUUCCCAGACAUGGACCAAUUCAUUGCGGACUACCUGCCGCAGCUCAGGGCCAAGGGCUGGAAGAUCUGACAUGUGCUAGUUGGGGCCUGAUGGCCUUGGGGCCAGCCGCGUGCGGCUCCUAGCAUCCGGGUUGCGGCGUAGCGUUAAAGCGGUUAUUGCAUAACAUUUGCUCCAGUUUGAUGGGGUGGGGCGGGCCGCGUCCUGGCUUAGGGGAGGGGGUAUAUUGUCCCUCUAUGCCUCUGUCCGUCUAUGCCUACCUGUCUCUCUUACUUGACUCGGUACAUCGUCGUGCUAGUUGGCUUGCCCAUACAUGGGCUGUCUGGUGCGCAGGGCGUGGCCAGGGACGUGGGGCCGGGGUGGGGGGCUGGGUGUGGCCGUAUGAGCUGUGGAGACUCGGGGAGGACCGAGUUUUGCAGCGCUGGCAAGAACGCGGGUCCCUGUCAUGGGUCGCACCCGUCUUGGAUCUCAAAAGUUUAAUGCAUACAUGUCAAUGUCAGUGUAAUGCCUUGGUUGCGGUCGUAAGCUGUCGGUUACAACCACCUUUUGCCGUGCUCCCAGCUGGGGUGACCAGACAUGAUGGGGGUUGCAGCACCGGUUUGGGUGUCGGGUUUGGGUCAGGUGUCAGUGAGUAGUGUGCGUCUCUCGCGUGGCUUCUAGCUCGUAGCUAUUACUAGCCAGGCAGUGCCGUGCUUGGCGGUUAUGCGGAGGGCCGUACGUGUUUUGUGGUUUUGCGUAUCCGGAUGAGGCGCUUCUCCAGAGGAGCGCCGUCUUGUGAGCGCCCUGCAGUGCGAACAGGCUGCUCCUUCUCCGCCCAAGUGCGCUCCCCUCUGGCCCUCUCCAUCGCCGGCCGCUGCGCCAAGCCCCCGUACUUGUACUGCACUGUUGUGCAGCACUGCCCGUGCAGCUGCAGGUAACCGCACGUGCGUAGCCGCGUGGGGCGGCGCCUGGCCAGCAGGGCUCAGCUCCGUCCAUUUAUCAAACUGAUGCGUCGGAAGCGAAAGAUUUUGCAACCCGCUUC